AUGUGUGGAGACGUUCAGGAUAGCCCUGGUCCUUGUCGUAACAGCACUGGACGAUCUCACUCUGAUAACCACCGGACAUCGAAGAAUAUACUUUGUUGUAUGUCACUUAAUGCAAGGUCAAUCUACAAUAAGCUGAACGAGUUCCAUGACUUAGUGAAAAUGAGAAAUGUGGACAUGGUGGCAGUUACUGAAACCUGGCUUCAUCAAAGAAUAUUGGACACAGAAAUUCUCGACUUAAAUUAUAUUAAUUUUCGUCGGGAUAGACCAACUAGAACUGCGAAUGACAACUCAACAAUACUUGAUUUACUUAUCACUUCUGUUCCUGAAUUUGUUAGGCACAUUACAAUUCUCUUAGGGGAAUUUUUACUUUUUACUCUUGAAAUCAUUAUUCUACUGAAGUACAUCAAGCCAUUGAAACGUCACGUUUACAACUAUAAGGAUACUCAUUUUGACGGAUUAGAAGAAUUCUCAAAUUAUAUUCCUUAGGAUGUAGUUUACGAUGAAAAUGACAUGUAUUUUUCAACUGUCAAGUAG